AAAAAAACAUCUGCUGCGAUUGACGGCUUAGCGGGCUUUGACAUAUUGCAUUCGGUCGAAUCGGUCCUAAUAAUUUUUGUUUAUGCACUUGCACAUACCUAAUACCUACCUAUAACCUACUACAUACAAUCUACAAAAUAGUUUUAAAUAAUAGUUGAGUUUUAAAAUUUUAAAGCUAUGGCUACCUAUGAUAACAAAGCUUGGCUUCUAAAAAAUAUUAGAGAUGCAUUUAUUGCAACAGACGAUACCGGUUUGUGUGAAAUUGUUAUGGCUGGUGAAGAUUUUUCAAAAAUAUUCCAAACCAAAGCAAUUGAAGAGAAAAAGCGCAUGAGAAAUAGAGUAAUAAAUAGGCCGAGCACAAGUAAGGGGAGAGAGAGUUUCGCUGAGGAUGAUGAGAGGGAUAUAGCGACACUGUUUGAUCCAUACCCUGAUAUGGAAGACAGUGAUGAGGAUCCCAUGUAUGGCAGUUGGUUCCGUCAUGAAGAGUUUGGAGGACACAGACAAAGAUCAAACACAGCUCAAUGGCUGGACAAAAAAGAAUUAGCCUUAAAAAAGGCAGCAAAAAUAAAAGUGGUAAAAUGGGAAGAAUCAUACCCUCAAUUAACUGAAGACCAAAAAGCUGAAGCAUUCAAAAAAGUUGAGGUUAAAAAGCCACAAAAACAGAAGUCUUUACUUACAGAGCAAUUAGAGAAGUGUCCUGAUUUGCCUCACCGUCAAUAUCUGGAGUAUGCAAAGUUUGAUGGCACAGCACAACUUGGGUUACCUACUAAAGUAUUUAAAAUUUUCAUGACAACUGUCCCAGAGAAACAUCAAAAUUAUCCAGUCAUUGUUUGUGUUAUAGCUAGUGCCAAGAUCAAAGAUUUGAUAGGUUUCACUUGCUACAAGUACAGUAUAGAACAUCCCGAUAUCGCACUUGGCUCAGUACAUGAUUAUGGACUUUGUAUAGCAGAGGACGAUGGUGAAGUUGACUGGGCAUUCCCCUGCUUAGACAACAAUGAACCGUGCUCAAAGUUUGGCUUUACCUGCCUCGGGCUCAUAGAUACAAAACAAAAGGAGAAAAUUAUUCAAGUGACUACACCAAUUCCAGAUAUUGAUAUGGGCCACAGUGUCUUUUGUUUCCCAAAAGCCCCUGAUUCAGGACAGAGUAAUAUAAACUCUACCAAGCAGCACACGGGCGGCAGUGACACAUCAGAAAUUAUGAAAGCCAUGCAUUCUGUUACUGAAGGUAAGGGGUUAGGCUUCCAGUCGGGCCCACCCUUGACGGAUGCCCCGCACGAUAAGCUGUACAGGGUUCAGUUAUUACACAAAGUGCGGGCUAGCACCCCGGUCCAACUCUGCAUUACACUGGAUCAGAUUGAAGUUGUCCCACUCGUAACACAGAAACAUGCUUUUUGGUCAAGGCCAAAAUACUUUCUGCACAGCAUGAACUCUGUGGCAUGGUGUCAAAUAUUAGAAGCAAAGAGCAAUAAGACAUCAUUCCGGAUUGUCUACUCACCUAGUCACGAUACUGCCUUCAACGACUCAUACACAGCAGGUAACUCCGGUGCAUUCCAGGCCACAGCAAUUUAUAAGAAACACGAUUUUGAGUGCGAUCACGACACAGCACGAAGAAUCGUCGAUAAAGUAAACACCAUAUUAGAUCUCAGAAAUAGUCCGUGUCGACGAGAAUAUAAAAACACCAAAGAGAAGAAACUUCACACAAGAAGAAGUUUCCACACGAAACAAUUAAAAAGUUGAGUACUAUAUUCUGCCUAUUUGAGAGUUCCUUUAUACAGGUGUUGACUGAAUUUAUUAUUAGGUAUAUUAAUAUGAUGGGCGAAGGCUUCUUUAAUAAGAGUUUUGGAAUAUAAACGAAAAAGUCGAAAUAGACCCAAAAAUUACUGAUGGAAAUGUAUGUAAUAGCUAAAUAUUCAUCUUUUCAACUAUUCUAUACAACUCUUUAAAUAAUUUUAGUUUUUUCUGAUAGGAAUUAUUUCCUAUAGACAAUCUUGUACUGAAGUCUCUAUAAGUAUGCCUAUUGUUAGAUUGGUUUGGUGUAACAAUCGCUCUACCGCUAUUGCUAGCAGUUGUGGUUGAAUAAAUUACAUAUAUAUAUUAUAAAUAUGUUGCAGAAGUGUAAUUGUUCUAAGGGCAACCUUAACUUUCAAACUCAUUUUCCUAUCAAUAAAAGCAAGGAAGUACCUAGUCUUAUUCUUUGCAGUUUUUUA